GUGAAACAAAAGCAAGCUGCUUGGAGCUACAUUGUGGAUGUCUGAUUAAACAUAUAUACUGAUCUCAAAAAGCAGUGCCUCAGUGUUGCUGAAGAAUGUCUGAGGGGGACGCCGCCCCCGAGGAAAAUACCCUCAGUGCUCCAGCUGCACCACCGAAACAAACUGGACCCACCACACCACGCAAGGGCCCCCCCAAGUUCAAGCAAAGGCAAACAAGACAGUUCAAGAGCAAGCCCCCUAAGAAAGGAGUAAAAGGUUUUGGAGAUGAUAUCCCAGGAAUGGAGGGACUUGGAACAGAUAUUACAGUGAUCUGCCCCUGGGAAGCUUUCAGCCAUCUGGAGCUUCACGAGUUGGCACAGUUUGGAAUCAUCUAA